AUGUCUUCUUCUACAAUGGAAAUUGAUAAACCUUUGAAACGUUCAGGUGGAAUUUCUAUGGAUGAAUUGGGUGAUGAAUCAAUGAAUUAUGAAUUAUCCGAGUCGUCAAAAAAAGCUCGUGACGAGCAUCAGGCAAUAUUAGAUGAAUUUGAAAGACAAAAGCGAGCAAGAACAUUAGCGGUGCCUACUGAUGAUGGUCGUGUAAGAGCAAAACUUAAAGAACUUGGUGAGCCUCAAUGUUUAUUUGGUGAAGGUCCUGGUGAUAGACGAGAUCGUUUACGAUAUCUAUUAUCUAAAAUGGAAGGAACAAAGGUAAUCACAGAGGGAGAAUCAGAAUCGGAAUCGGAAUCAGAAGAAGAGAAAGAAGAAGAGUUUUUCACACCAGGAUCAAUAGAACUGUUAAAUGCUAGACGUUGGAUAGCACAUUAUUCUUUACCAAAAGCUAAAGAUCGGCUGAAAAGACAAAGGAUUGAAAGUGAAUUACCAAUACCUCAAUUAAAAUCAGUUAGAAAAGAAUUAUUUUCAGGGAUAAAGCAUACACCAGUUUAUGAUGAUGAAACAGAUAAAUCAAAACAUCAUCUUAAUAUACCAGUAUUAGAAAAAAAUAGGUUAGAUUCACCACCAGGAUCACCAAAAACCUUAGUUGAUGAUUUAGGAUAUAAACUUGUAAAUAUCAAUUUAAAUAAUAGUAAUAGCAAUGGUGUUAAUGUUGAUACACACAAUGAAGAUUUUUCUUUAGACAAUAAUAAUGGAG